GUGGUGGCGGCGGUGGCGGCGGCGCGGCCGGGUCUGUGGCGGCGCUGAGCCUCGCCCGCGCGGGGGCCCGAGUCGGCAGCUAUGAAGCGGAGCCGGGGCCGCGAUCGGCCGCAGCCGCCGGAGCUGCCUCAGCCCCAGCCCCAGCCGCAGCCCCUGCCGCAGCCCCUGCCGCCGCGCCGGCGAGCUCCGCCCGGGAGGCAGCGGCCGGAGGAGCGCAGCCGGCUCUCGGGGUCAGAGGUCAAGGAGCAGGAUGUGAUAUCUGGACUUAGUCCCCUGCUCUUCAGGAAACUCAGUAAUCCUGACAUCUUUUCAUCUACUGGAAAAGCUAAACUACAACGUCAACUUAGUCAGGAUGACUGUAAGUUACGGAGAGGAAGCAUGUCCAGUUCUUUGUCAGGUAAGCAGCUGCUCCCCUUGUCCAGUAGUGUACAGAGCAGUGUGGGCCAGGUGAUUUGGCAGUCUUCAGGAGAAGCCUCAAACCUGGUUCGAAUGAGAAACCAGUCUCUUGGACAGUCUGCGCCUUCUCUCACUGCUGGCUUGAAGGAGUUGAGUCUUCCAAGAAGAGGCAGCUUUUGUCGAACAAGCAACCGCAAGAGUUUAAUUGUGACCUCCAGCACCUCACCUACUCUACCAAGGCCACACUCACCACUCCAUGGCCAUGCAGGUAACAGUCCUUUGGACAGCCCCCGGAAUUUCUCUCCAAAUGCACCUGCUCACUUUUCCUUUGUUCCUGCCCGUAGCCAUGGCCACAGAGCAGACAGGACGGAUGGACGGCGCUGGUCUCUGGCCUCUUUGCCUUCUUCAGGCUAUGGAACCAACACUCCAAGUUCUACUGUCUCGUCAUCCUGUUCCUCACAAGAAAAGCUACACCAGUUGCCCUUCCAGCCUACAGCAGAUGAGCUGCACUUCCUGACUAAGCAUUUCAGCACUGAGAGUGUGCCCAACGAGGAGGGCCGACAGUCCCCCGCCAUGCGGCCCCGCUCCCGCAGCCUCAGUCCUGGACGGUCCCCAGUUUCCUUUGACAGUGAAAUAAUAAUGAUGAAUCAUGUAUACAAAGAGAGAUUCCCCAAGGCCACCGCACAGAUGGAAGAGCGGCUUGCGGAGUUUAUUUCCUCCAAUGCUCCAGACAGUGUACUGCCCCUGGCAGAUGGAGUCUUGAGCUUCAUUCAUCAUCAAGUGAUUGAGAUGGCCCGAGACUGUUUGGAUAAAUCUCGAAGUGGCGUCAUUACAUCACACUACUUCUAUGAACUUCAAGAGAACUUAGAGAAACUUCUGCAAGAUGCUCAUGAGCGCUCAGAGAGCUCAGAAGUGACUUUCGUGAUCCAGCUGGUGAAAAAGCUGAUGAUUGUCAUUGCCCGCCCAGCUCGUCUCCUAGAAUGCCUGGAGUUUGACCCUGAAGAGUUCUACCACCUGUUAGAAGCAGCUGAGGGCCAUGCCAAAGAGGGACAAGGGAUUAAAUGUGACAUUCCCCGCUACAUCGUUAGCCAGCUGGGCCUUACACGGGAUCCCCUGGAGGAAAUGGCCCAUUUGAGCAGUUAUGAUAGUCCUGACACUCCAGAGACAGAUGACUCUAUUGAGGGCCGGGGCUCCUCUCUGUCCUCCACAAAGACACCUUCAGAAGAGGACUUCGAAACCAUUAAGCUCAUCAGCAAUGGUGCCUACGGGGCCGUGUUCCUGGUGCGACAUAGGUCCACCCGGCAGCGUUUUGCCAUGAAGAAGAUCAACAAGCAGAACCUGAUCCUGCGCAACCAGAUCCAGCAGGCAUUUGUGGAACGCGACAUCCUCACCUUUGCUGAGAACCCCUUUGUGGUCAGCAUGUUCUGCUCCUUUGAGACCAAGCGCCACCUGUGCAUGGUGAUGGAGUAUGUGGAAGGAGGAGACUGUGCUACUCUGCUGAAGAACAUCGGGGCCCUGCCUGUCGACAUGGUGCGCCUGUACUUUGCGGAGACUGUGCUGGCGCUCGAGUACUUACACAACUAUGGCAUCGUGCACCGCGACUUAAAGCCUGACAACCUCCUGAUUACAUCCAUGGGACAUAUCAAACUCACUGACUUUGGCCUUUCUAAAAUUGGCCUCAUGAGUCUGACGACAAACUUGUAUGAAGGCCACAUCGAGAAGGAUGCCAGGGAGUUUCUGGACAAGCAGGUCUGUGGGACCCCGGAGUACAUUGCGCCCGAGGUGAUCCUGCGUCAGGGCUACGGGAAGCCAGUGGACUGGUGGGCCAUGGGCAUCAUCCUGUACGAAUUCCUGGUGGGCUGCGUCCCCUUCUUUGGAGACACGCCAGAGGAGCUCUUUGGGCAAGUUAUCAGUGACGAGAUUGUGUGGCCUGAGGGGGAUGAUGCGCUGCCUCCAGACGCCCAGGACCUCACCUCCAAGCUUCUCCACCAGAACCCUCUGGAGAGACUGGGAACAGGUGGUGCCCACGAGGUGAAGCAGCACCCAUUCUUCACGGGCCUGGACUGGACAGGACUACUGCGGCAGAAGGCAGAGUUUAUCCCCCAGCUCGAGUCAGAGGAUGACACCAGCUACUUUGAUACCCGCUCAGAACGAUACCACCACCUGGAUUCAGAGGACGAGGAGGAGGCCAGUGAAGAUGGCUGCCUAGAGAUCCGGCAGUUCUCGUCCUGCUCUCCCAGGUUCAGCAAGGUAUAUAGUAGCAUGGAGCGACUCUCCCUGCUGGAGGAGCGCCGGACGCCUCCCCCAACUAAGCGCAGCCUGAGUGAAGAAAAGGAGAAGGAGGACCGUACCGCUAGCCUGGGGGGACUGAAGGGCCGGGACCGUGGCUGGGUGAUCGGCUCCCCUGAAAUACUGCGGAAGCGCCUGUCGGUGUCUGAGUCAUCCCAUACUGAGAGUGACUCAAGCCCACCGCUCACUGUGCGACGCCGCUGCUCUGGCCUCCUGGACGUCCCACGCUUCUCAGAAGGCCCGGAGGAUGCUGGUGGCACCUCCAGGAGGCAGCAGCAGGAGGCUGUGGGGCUUCUGACACCCUCUGGAGAAGGCCCAUCUGGGCGGCUGAAGCUGGAGGAGGAGCCUCUUGGCAGUGGCUCUAGUCCAGCCAUGGAGACCCGAGGAGGCCGUGGAAGCCCACAGCUGACUGAGGGAGCCACAGCCAAGGCCAUCAGUGACCUGGCCGUGCGCAGGGCCCGCCACCGGCUGCUCUCCGGGGACUCAAUAGAAAAGCGCACUGCGCGCCCCCUCAACAAAGUCAUCAAGUCAGCCUCAGCCACCGCCCUGUCCCUCCUCAUUCCUGCAGAACACCACAGCUGCUCUCCGCUCGCCAGCCCCAUGUCCCCGCAUUCCCAGUCCUCCAACCCCUCGUCCAGAGACUCAUCUCCGAGCAGGGAUUUCCUGCGAGUCCUCAGCAGCGCAAAGCCCCCCAUUGUCAUCCACCGAGCAGGCAAGAAGUACGGCUUCACCCUGCGUGCCAUUCGUGUCUACAUGGGGGACUCGGACAUCUACACUGUGCACCACAUGGUGUGGCACGUGGAGGAUGGGGGUCCAGCAAGUGAGGCCGGCCUUCAUCAGGGGGACCUCAUCACGCAUGUCAAUGGGGAGCCGGUGCACGGGUUGGUGCACACUGAGGUGGUAGAGCUUAUCCUGAAGAGUGGAAACAAGGUGUCUAUUUCCACCACUCCCCUGGAAAACACUUCCAUUAAAGUGGGGCCUGCUCGGAAAGGCAGCUACAAGGCCAAGAUGGCCAGAAGGAGCAAGAAGAGCCGUGGCAAGGAGGGGCAGGAGAGCAGGAAACGUAGCUCCCUGUUUCGGAAGAUCACCAAGCAGGCAUCCCUGCUCCACACCAGCCGCAGCCUCUCCUCUCUCAGCCGCUCCCUGUCAUCAGGGGAGAGUGGGUCGGGCUCCCCCACACACAGCCACAGCCUUUCCCCCCGCUCCCCGACUCAGGGCUACCGGCUGACUCCGGACACCAUGCACUCAGUAGGAGGGAAUUCAUCGCAGAGCAGCUCCCCCAGCUCCAGCGUCCCCAGCUCCCCAGCUGGCUCCGGGCACACGCGCCCAAGCUCCCUGCACGGUCUAGCCCCCAAGCUCCAGCGCCAGUACCGCUCCCCGAGGCGUAAAUCGGCCGGCAGCAUCCCUCUGUCUCCACUUGCCCAUACGCCAUCUCCACCGCCAGCCGCUUCACCCCAGCGCUCUCCAUCACCCCUGUCGGGCCAUGGAGCACAGGCCUUACCGACCAAGCUUCACCUGUCGCCUCCCCUUGGGAGGCAGCUCUCAAGACCCCAAAGUGCCGAGUCUCCACGUUCCCCACUGUUGAAGAGGGUGCAGUCGGCCGAGAAGCGGGCAGUGGCCCUGGCUACUUCUGACAAGCUCGGACCCUCUCGAAAGCAGAGCCUCGACCUGCCACACCCGGAGCUGAGGAAGGAGCUGCCCUCGCGUGAAGGCAGCUCUCUGGAGGUCAUUGGGACCAGGAGCCCGCUUUCCGGGAAGGGGGCACUGCAAUCUGCCCCCUCUCGUGCCCUGGGCACCCUUCGGCAGGACCGAGCCGAAAGGCGUGAAUCCCUGCAGAAGCAGGAAGCCAUCCGGGAGGUGGAUUCCUCGGAGGACGAUGCAGACGAUGGACCAGAGCACAGCAAGGGGCCCCCGGAGUCUUACUCGGGGCCUGUGCUGGAAGUGGGCCCUGGUCUGCCCCUCAGGGCAGGAGAGGGUGAGGAAGAGGAAGGCUUGUUGGCCAGGGACCCGUUGGCGGAGGACCCACAGGGAUCUCCUCAAGUGGAAUGUCCUUGUGUCUCCUCGACGCUUGGGAGCCCACAAAACUUGGAGGUAGCUGCUGGUUCCUUGUCAUCAGCCACCAACCUGAGUAGGGCUGGACCUGCAGACCCCAUCCCCUCUCAGCACCCCCACGCCCAAGCACUCUCAGCACUUUGUCCCCACUCUCCAGGACUCGCCACCCCCUCUGGGGAGCCAGCUCCAUGGCCCUGGAAAUGCCUUCUUGGGGGUACAGACAGGGUGCUGGGCAGUGGAGCGGCCCCAGUGAAAGGUGGGCUGCUCACUGCACAGAACUCAAAACCCACAACUCCAGCCCACGCUGAGGACCUGGCGCCCCAACAGGAAAAAGGCACUUGGCCACCCAGUGCCCUUCCGUGUGAGGUCCCUGGCCAGGUCAGGCUGUGGGAGCCUGAGCGUGCACCAACAGAGAAAAGGGGGCCUGGCCUGGGCAUUACCAAUGUGCCUGAUGCUUCAGGCGACAGGAGGCAGGACACUCCCUGCAGCAGCCAGGAGCCUGGGCCCAGCCUGUUCCGGAGGGACCGAGACCAAAGGGGGCCUCAAAAGUAUCAAGACUUGGCAUUGGCACCUGAUGAGCUUUUAAAGCAAACAUAGGUGGUGUUUUUCAUUUCUUGCAUUCAGACCUGUGUAAUACAUGCUCUUGGAAACA